AUGCAAGGGAGAGUAAGAGCACAUCAAAUUCCUCAUGUUUGGGUCACUAAGCGUUGCAAACAACCAAAUAAACGAAAAUGUGCAGUUUGUUUAAAUUCGCUAGGAUUUUUGUUGCAAUAUGAAAAAUGUCAAAGUUGCAAGUUUGUUAAGUUUAUAGAUGUUUUUUAUUGGAAUUUAAGGUUGUCGGUACAUAUUGAAUGUAAAAAGAAUUCACGGGUGCGUGAUAAUUGUGGUUUAACACAGAAGCACUUGAAAGAACUGGUCACUCAAAUGGUUAUUUCUAAAACUCAGGUUUUUCAUUUAUUAUUUGUCUCUUAUAAUCGGACUUUGGUCUUUUUCUUGGGGAUGUAA